UUUUAACCAAAAAUACUGCUUAUACAGCUGUAAUUUGUAUUAAAACUUAGUAAAUAUUGUGUAUUUUAGGUUUAUAAGUCUGACUGUACUGUGGAGUAAGUACAGAGUAAAAAUGGCGCAGUUUGAUCUUACAUCUAAAGUAGGAUGUUACCUUGAUCGUCAUUUAGUUUUCCCAUUGCUUGAAUUUCUCUCGGAACGAGACAUUUUCGAUGAGCGGGACCUACAUAAAGGGAAGCUUGAGUUACUUAGUAACACCAACAUGGUGGACUUUGCUAUGGAUGUACACAAGACAUUAUACCCGGGAGAGGAAAUCCCUUCAAGCCUUCGAGACAAGAGAAACAACGUUGUCAGUUUGUUGAAAUCAUAUACCGUUAAAACUGAGCCAAUAGUUCAUAUAUUUGAGCAAGAUGAAGUCAGAAAACAGAUUGAAACAACUCGCGACGGCAAACAGUUGUUUGAAUAUUUGGAAAAAAAUCACAACUUUAAACUGGAAGAUCUUGAUACGUUGUACGAUUAUGCGAAGUUCCAAUACGAGUGUGGAAACUAUUCGGGAGCUGCGGAGUAUCUCUACUUCCAUCGUGUGUUGGUACAACCGGACGACAAGAGAGCAAUGGACUCUCUGUGGGGAAAACUAGCGAGUGAAAUAUUGAUGCAGGAUUGGGACACAGCGUGGGAAGAUUUACACCGCUUGCAGGAAAGCAUUGACUCCAACACAAUAGCAAGCCCUCUGCAGUUACUCCAGCAAAGGACAUGGCUCAUACAUUGGUCUCUAUUCGUUUUCUUCAACCAUGCCAAAGGAAGAGAUGAAAUUAUUGAUUUGUUUCUUUACCAGCCACCCUACUUAAACACCAUACAAACCAUGUGUCCAUGGGUGCUACGGUAUUUAACUACUGCCGUUAUCACUAACAAGAGAAGAAGACAGGUUCUUAAAGAUUUGGUGCGAGUGAUCCAACAAGAAGCAUACACAUAUCGUGACCCUGUAACUGAGUUUCUUGAAUGCCUUUACGUUCACUUUGAUUUUGACAAGGCCCAAGAAAAGCUACGCGAAUGCGAACUUGUUCUUUCAAACGAUUUCUUCCUCAUCGCUUGUUUGGACGAUUUUAUCGAAAACGCUCGACUCUUUAUCUUCGAAACUUUCUGUAGGAUUCAUCAGUGCAUCAGUAUUGACAUGCUUGCUGACAAGCUAAACAUGUCCGUGGACGAGGCCGAACGAUGGAUCGUCAACUUGAUCCGUAACGCUCGUUUGGAUGCAAAGAUUGAUUCAAAGAUGGGGCAUGUUAUGAUGGGGACGCAAGCUGUCUCAUCAUAUGAACAAGUAAUUGAGAAAACGAAGAGUUUAGGUUUACGAACCCAAAUGUUGUCGACAAACGUUGAAAGAAGGUUGAAUAAAGAAAGAGAUCGAACAGAUGCUGUUCCCCACUGGGCAGGAGGGCCAAAAGAAAAUUGGUGAUCGUUCGUUUCAAUUGGGAUUUAAGAUUUCAUUCUGUUUGUUUUUCAAGAUCACUAGAAGAAUAUAUAAGGAAAUAAUUCACUGGGUUGUAAAUCGUGUUUGAACGUCGUUUGGACUUGGGAUGGGAAAUAAAUGUUUUGUUCUCAAAAGAUGUGUUUUUUUAUGGGUUUUUGUCGAAUUUUUAAAAGCCAAUAAAAAGAUACAGAAACAGU